UGUGUUAAGCUGUUGGUCUCAGAUUGUUUUUUUGUUUUAACGUAUAUGAAGUACACAAUGAAGGUAGAAAACGUUUUGAAUUGCAGUUUUAAUAAUUGGUUUUCUCGAUUUCAGAGAGUUACAAUGAAAAGUAUUAUAUUACCAUUGAGCAUUGAAUUUGUGGAUUAUCUAUUAGCAGAUGGGGUAUUCCUUCCAAAUAGUGAAGAACAUAAAUUUCCACUAAAUGAAGAUGACUCUGACACUGAAGGAUGGAGUGAUAGUGAUGAAGAUGAAGAAGACAAGGCUCCACAUUUUCCUGAAUUUGAUGCAAAGGUAAAAUCAGCUAUUCAAGCAUUAGGAGGAAAUGUAUUUCCUAAAUUAAAUUGGAGUUGUCCAAAGGAUGCUAAUUGGAUUGCUUUAAACAAAUCCCUUUGUUGUUCAUGUGUUACUGAUAUUUAUCUGCUUUUAAAAAGUUCAGAUUUUAUUUCACAUGAUUUAACACAACCGUAAGUUGUUUUUUAUGUAUUUGAUGUGUAUCGUAACAGAAAGAAUUUAGUUCAACUAGUAGAUUUUAAUCCUUUUGGAAAACUAACAGAUUCUCUACUGUUUGAUUGGAAUGAACUUCAAAAUUUAGAUUGUGAUCAAGAGAUUCCAGAAUUCAGAUGCAAUACUUUUAAUCGAGGUGUACAGCCAAGUCCUUAUCUUCAUUAUGGUGUUCCUCAAGAUAUUGUUGAUUUAAGUACUGGAGAAGAUCCUUAUAAGUUAAUUGAUCUUCUGAAACUAGUAAGUAAAACAUUAAAAAUUUUUAAUCAAUCAGCUAUCAACAAUCAUAUAAAUGAUGUUCUAAAUAUAAUUGCCACUGAUAGAUUAAUAAUUAGGAAUAAGAAUAAUUGUUCAUGUAUAAUUAUGAUUCCAGAAUUCAGAUGCAAUACUUUUAAUCGAGGUGUACAGCCAAGUCCUUAUCUUCAUUAUGGUGUUCCUCAAGAUAUUGUUGAUUUAAGUACUGGAGAAGAUCCUUAUAAGUUAAUUGAUCUUCUGAAACUAGUAAGUAAAACAUUAAAAAUUUUUAAUCAAUCAGCUAUCAACAAUCAUAUAAAUGAUGUUCUAAAUAUAAUUGCCACUGAUAGAUUAAUAAUUAGGAAUAAGAAUAAGUAAUCUCAUAUUCCAUCUAGAACAGUUUAUUUUCAAAAAGGUUAACAAACAUUUUAAUGUAAAAACUUUUGGUUACUCUGGUAUAGAUUACUAAGAAUUGAUAUUUAAAAAUAUAGCCACAUGAAAACUGGUUUUACAUUUCAUUCUCUCUUUCUCUCUCUCUUUUCUUUCCUUCUUUAUAGUUAGUCAAUUCUAGGGCUUGAUUGGUUUUUACUCUCCUCCCUCUGUUAUAUACAGUAAUAACUUGACUUACGCUACCCCAACUUACGUGAACCCAGAGUUACGCGAUUUUCAAAUCUCGUCGAUUCAUC